CACUGCACCAUGUGCGAAAAAUAACUUCUGAAAAUUAAAGUGUAUAAAGUAUGAAUCUGAAAAUGUGUUUAAAAAACUGACAUACUGUUGCUUUAAGUGACAUUUAAUGUUGAGGGGUAUUUUUUACAGUGUGGUAUUGGUAGCCAAUAGAUCUGAAUACUGAAUACUCACCUGCUCACAUUUAAUAUGUUUCGGCGCCACCUGGUGUUUAAUUGUGGCGGUGAGCAGGUCCAGCUUCAGGACAGCAUCAGAUAAACAAUCAUUAACAAGGCUGUGGUGUAGUACACAACUUUGUUUCCCGCUGGUUAGGAGAACUUGAUAGCGCAUUUGUAGGAUUUUGGAGCAAAUUCACAAUCAAUAAAGUUGUGAAUUAAACUAAUAAGGCUCAUCUGAGCAUCAUAUAAUAAAGAUUAGAUUGAUAAUAGGAAACAAUAUCACAUUUACAUUUUUGUUCUAGGAAAAAUACAGUUCUCUAAGAUGCAUUUCAGCUGUGUUUCAUCCGUGCGUCAAACUUGUAAACGCUGUGACUGACUGAUUGAUUAAUUGAUUGAUUGACUGUGGAUGGAGGUCACUGGUUAUCUCGCGCUGUGGCCUGUGUAGGGAACAGGGAGCUGAGUUGUGAGAGAGGAGGAGAGAAGGAGGGAAGGAGGAAAGGGGAGGAGGAAAAUAAACUUGCUGGCACCGCCUGUCAGAUCCACAGCAGAUCUCAGCAGUUUAUCGCAUCGCCGCAUCUCUAACCCUAAACUGUCUCUAAGUGGCUCCGCCGGACAGCCUGUUUCCACCGAGGCUGUUCCCUCGCUGUUGUCUGGGAGUUUCACGCAGGGGGAGUUGGCUCGCUGCUGAUGCUGGGGAGAUAAAUCCUUUAUCUCUCAUCUCCUGUUAUCGCCAUCUCUCCGUCUCUCCUCUCAGCCCCACCAGCACCACCUCAGCUUUGCGCAAGUCUUCACCGGUGGCAGAUCGGGCGCGCUGGAUGGCUGCUGCACUCAGCGAACCGGCGUGAAUAUUUUUAUUUUCCCAUCCUCAUCUUUCAUCUAUAUAUAUUUUUUUAAAUUAUUAUUCUCCCGCCUGCGAGCCUGCAAAACAAACCAGAAACUGCAACUACAAUGACGGACCCGGCGACCCAGGAGUCCUACCCCGUCCCGGACCCGACUAUUGUGGAUCCUUGCCCGGCCACGGUGCGGAACGGCCAGUGCGCCCCGGAUGGCUUCACCAACAACCAUCACCAGCCGGCCAAAGCCCCCGGGCAGCCCGAGACGUUCACCACGGGCCAGGAGAUGAAGAUCACAGACAGUGUGGAGGGAGAAGGUCUCCUGGAGAGCAGCAUGCGUCUGAAGCCCCACGAGGCUCAGAGCUACAGGAAGAAGGCACUGUGGGUCUCCUGGGUCUCCAUCGUGGUGACGCUCAUACUGGCUGUGGCAGCUUUCACUGUAUCAUUCAUGAGACACAGCGCGUCAGCCUUCGGAUUUGCCUUUGAUGCCACGCUGGACGUCCUCUCAUCAGUCAUUGUUCUCUGGCGCUACAGCAAUGCUGCAGCUGUGCACUGCGCGCACAGAGAGUAUAUAGCCUGUGUUGUCCUCGGGAUUGUGUUCAUUCUCUCCUCCUUGUGCAUCCUCGGAAAGGCCAUCCACGAUCUGGCGACCAGGGUGCCCCCCGAAGUGGAUGACUUCCUCUACAGUGUGUCUAUAGUGAGCGGGCUCACAUGUGCUCUGCUGGCUGUGGCCAAGUUCAUGCUGGGAAGAGUGCUGACGAGCCGGGCACUCAUCACUGAUGGGUUUAACUCUAUGGUUGGUGCCAUUAUGGGAUUCUCCAUUCUGAUCAGCGCCGAAGUCUUCAAGCACCACCCUGACGUCUGGUUCCUGGAUGGCACCAUGGGAGUUCUCAUUGGACUCAUCAUUUUGGCAUACGGCGUGAAACUCCUAAGGGAUAUGGUGCCCCGCGUGAGGCAGACGAGAAACUACGAGCGCUUUGAGUGAGACGCGUGUGUGUUGACCAAGUCAAGCAGGUUCACACGUGCACACGCUCACACACCUGGCUGCCUCCUGCCCUCCACCCUCUUCUCUCUGUCUUUCAUACACACUUGAAUACACAUCUCAGCCACACAUGCAGCACAUAUACACUCCACAAGCCCAUGUUCUCAUAUACACACACACACGCUGUAUAUACUGUACAAAUGGCAUUCAUACAUUCAGACAAGCAAACCCAAACACAUGCAUGCAUACACAAACAGAGAUGCCUGAGAGACUUUGAGGGAAAAGGACAUGGUUGAGGAUCAGCUCCCGGAAAGAAAAGUACUUAAAUCAAAUUCUGUCCACGAACCACCCAUUUUAGAAAUUACAUUUAAAGUAAGAAAAAGCACAAGAUGAGAGACUUCUGGUUAUUAAUAGGAGUUUUGGAUUUGUCUGACCUGUACAGUAGUUCCUGCUUUGACGACACACUUCACAUCAUCACAGUUUACACCCUGCAAGAGACUACAGUCUACUAUUGAUUGUCUUUGGGGGUUCAGCUGUUGUCAUGGUGAACAUCAACACUGGUUAAAAAAAAAAAAAA